ACAAAUUUAUCAACAACUCAUUUUUUUAGGGAAAAUUUAUCAACAACUUUAAGCAACCAAAUUUAGAAAUACAUGAAGUUAAUAUUCGUUAUUUUGAAAUAUUUGAUAUUCACAUCUUAUGUGGCAAAGUUGGGCCUUGGUAGGGCUGAUUGGCCCGAAACAUCAACAUGGGCCAAAACAGAACCAUAUAGCCACCAUGAGCACAAAACUGUCCUACAAUUCUACUUCCAUGAAAUUGCAAUUGGCAACUCCUCCACCGUUGCAUUGAUCGCCCAAGCCCAACCCGUUGACCCGAACAACUCGUUCGCCUUCGGUAACUUGUAUAUGGUCGACGAGCUACUCAAUGUGGGUCCAGACCCAAAGUCCAAGUCAAUAGGCCGGGCCCAGGGCUUCUCUGGCUCAGCCUCCCAACAAGGUGUGAACUCUCUUAUGGGCUUAAGUUAUAGCUUUGUUGAUGGGAUUUAUAAUGGGAGCUCCAUCAACAUUUUGGGCCGGAACUCGAUCUUGAACCCGGUUAGAGAAAUGCUGAUUGUUGGUGGUACUGGGCUUUUUAGGAUGGCCCGUGGAUAUGCAAUAGCCCAAACAUACUAUUUUAAUGUUACUUCUGGGAUUGUUAUUGUAGGGUAUAAUGUUACUGUUGUUCACCAAUAAGAUGGAUUUUUCAUUUUUGCACAUUCAUUAAAAAAAAACAUGCACAACAUGUACAAUGUUACUUGUAGAGUUGUAUGUUGUAUAAUCUUUUUCUACACAAAGCAAGAAAUGGAGUGUACACCAACUACAAGUAGUAUUAAAU